AAAUAGUUUUGAAUAUUUACAGCCGAUUAGCAUGACAAACAUAGUGAAUCAAAAUUUUUGUCAACAGACAUAGAAACAGUUCAGUUUUACUGACUUGACAUGGAAGAAGAUCUAGAAGAAUUUCCUAACAUUGAAGUGGACCCUCGAUAUGUCACAGUGUCCAGUGUGGCAUCUUAUGUCAGCACAGAUUCAGCAGAUGACCUUGACUGGUUACAAAACUCCAAACUUACAGGGGGGAUAAUCAAGUUUCUGUAUGAUGGCUCCACUGAGGAAAAGAGUCACACAAGUUACUAUGUUUGUGUGGGGGAGGAUGCUACGUUGGACAAUGUGGCUAAAUACAUCACCAAAGUGUGGAAAAAGAGGAGCCCAGACAUCAUUCUCUCUGUUAUAUCCAGUCUCAGUCAUUUCAGGAAGUGGAAGAAUCAGCAGGAAGUGGAAGAUUUCCAGACAGGUUUGAUUCAGGCUAUGAACUCUACCAAUAUGUGGGUCUUGACAAAUGGUUUAGAUGGAGGAAUCGCUAAAAUAGUUGGGGAUGCUGUUCGUUUUGAGAGAGAGAGGCGGUCUAUUCUGAUGACUCGAGCUCAGAACCCCUAUGUAAAGCUUCACAAGAAAGAGGAUGUAGAGGAACUGCCUAAACUGACCGUGAUGGGAAUCGUUCCUAAACUACAGCUCCAUUGCGUGGCUGGGACUGAGGGAUUGCAUGACUCUAUCAUUUCACUUAAAAAAACGGGUACAAAAGAAGCAAUCGAGUUGAAUGGAGAACACUCUCAUUUUAUCAUAAUGGAUCAGAAUACUGAUCUUAGGGAGCUGGAGGGCUUUAGACUCAGAAUCGAGGAGAGACUUCUGAUCCCCAUAGGGAGGGGCAAGAGAUACAGAAAAAUCAAAAUGUUUGAUCCCUCCCUUGAUGCAGGAUCUAACACAGAAAACAUAACUCUGAUCACCAGCACCAGUACCCCCAUGGUGGGCCUCCUGAUACAGGGUGGACCAUUAGAUAUUGACCAUGUGGUGGACCUUCUCCGGAGAAAAGUCCCUGUUCUGGUUCUACAGGGAACUGGACUGGGAGCCGAUCUUAUAGCAUUUGUGUACUUUGAAAAAAUUCACCACCAAGGUGAUGAGUAUGAGUCUUUUGUGAAAACUGAGUUAAUUAAGAGAAUGAUGAACUGUUAUCCAAAGGAUUUUGUGGACAAUGAGCUGGCCCGGAAUCAGUGUAGAGACAAAAUACUGGAGUGUGUUAAUCUCGCUCACCAGGAUAAUGGGAGGUUUCUAACUAUUUUGGACAUAAAUGCUGAUCCCACAGGACUUAAGAACUUAGACAAAUACAUCUUACUCACUUUGUUUGAAUCUCAAGGGUCCAAGACAGGAAGUGAGUUUCAGGAACAAUUCCAAUCUGACCUCAAGUUGACCUUACAUUGGAAUAGACCUGAUCUCGCAGAGUCUCAGAUUUUUGAGAAGUAUGAUUGGACAAGCAUCAAGAUUACCCCCGAGCUAUUUGAUAAGGCUUUGCUGAAGAGAGGGAGAGAGAGGUUUGUGGAGAUUUUCCUGGAGCGGGAAACAAUUGUCCUACAUGAGUAUGUCAACUAUAAAAAGCUUCUGGACUUGUUCAACAACCUGGACAUGCCUGAUUUUUUCUGUCAAGUCUGUCUAGAAGGAGUUCUGGCCAAAUCUCCAGGAAUGAGUUAUCCAGUAGACAAAGACUUUGUCAUAGGAAAGAAAAGCGACCUGAAUUACCUUCUGUAUAAACUGACCAGUCUGGAGGCUCUUGUGUCAUCUUAUGACCUCUCUAUGAACUCUACUGGACAGUUUGUGUGUGACAAAUCUACUGCUGAAAGGAAGGCCUUGAAUGCCCUGAUUUACUGGUCAGUUUUGACCUUUAACCCCUCACUGACCAGAGUUCUAUGGAGGCGGUCUGACCAGCCGAUGGUAAUGGCUCUUGUUAUCAGUAUGAUCUGGCACACACUGGCCAUAAAAUGGUGUAGCAGGGAUCUGGACAUCAAACGACAGCUCAAGGAUGCUGCUAUAGAGUUUGGAAAACAGGCUGUAAGAUUGUUGGAUCUGAGCUACAAAGAUUCAUGCCUAACAGCCAUUGCUUCUUUAGAUGAGAAACUACCAGAACUUAACAAUAAAACCACCAUCAAGCUAGCCCACAUUGCUCGCAAUAAAUUCUUCAUUGCUCACAAAAGUUGUCAGAAAUGGCUGCUUCAGCGUUGGCAUGGUAACCUACUCAUUAGAGAAGUGGAUUAUGGAGUAUUCAGACUACCCAACUGGUUCAAGAUAUACAUGAGUGUCUUCUUCAUCUUUCCCAUGUUGAUUUGGAUUACCUAUGAGAUUAAGAAGGACCCAGACUCUAAGGAGAAAACACCAGAAGAAGAAGAAGAAUUGGAUAUAGAUCAGUUGGAUAAUCAGGAUACGAUACCUCUGAAAAUCAAAUGGAAAAGGAGUACAAGAGGAGAAAUGAAAUACCAAGUGAGGCAGAUGUUAAGCUAUGGUCGACAAAACUUAAGGGUGCCCCUUUAUCUCCAGUUCUACUACCUGUGGAGUGCCCCAAUCACCAAGUUUUAUCUCAGUCAGUUGCUGUACAUCUUUUACCUGGCCUUGUUCAGUUAUGCAGUCAUUAUACCAUCCUGUGGAGAUUUCUACAUUGACCUUGUUGUGUAUUUUUGGACUGCCAUGAUUUGGGUUGAAAUCAUCAGAAAAACCAUCAUCAAGAGAAAGGAAUACAAAGAGAUGAAGAUUUUCUGGACAGUGAUAGAGAUAUGCCUGAUUGGUUCCUUUCUGAUCGUGAUCGGACUGGUCCGAAUCAUACCAAAGUUCAUCCCCUUCAUCAAGUACACCACGGCUAAAUUUGUAAUGAGUUUGGGCCUCCUAUACUUCUACUACAGGUUACUGAGUGUUUUCCUUCCCAUCAGCCCUGUACUUGGACCGAUGAUGAUCAACUUUAGAAUAAUGAUGAAGAAGGACUUUGUGACUUGGUUAAGGAUGUUCCUUAUGUUUAUGAUUGCGGGGGGUAUCACCAUUCAGGCCACGCUGUACCCGAACUUCCCGGCAUCAGAGGAAGGCAUUGUCAAUGCUCUCAGCAGGGCCUUCUUCGGAAUGUUCCUCACGAAAAUUGAUGACCUUGACAGUAAUGAACGGUGCGAGUUAUUCUAUGCCAACCAAACAAGAGAAGUAUGCUACAAUGCUGCUGCUUCAUUUUGGAAUAGAAAUACAAGUCAGAUUAGGUUUCAUCCAGAGUUUGCUGAGUGUCCAUAUCGUAGCUUUGGUGGUUACGCGAUGGUGAUCCAGUAUCUCGUCAUUACGAAACUCAUCCUUCUAACUCUCCUCUACGCUAUGUUCAGUGUAACCAAUGCCAAGGUUCAGCAGGAAUCAGAGGAAAUCUGGAAGUACCAGGUGUACAGCAUCAUUGUGGACUUUGAGACUCGUCUGAGGUUGCCUGCUCCAUUUAAUUUCAUCAGUUACAUCAUCAUGAUGUUUGAGUUCAUCUUUGAUAAACUCAAACUGUGCCUAAAGAAAUGCUGUCGAUCCUCAUGCUGUAGGAAGAAAAAGGACCGAGUGGAUGUUGACAAUGUGUCUAUUGUUAAAGUCAAGGACUCGACAAACUACAGCUACUGGAAGAUCUGUCUAAAGAAACUGAAUGAAGAACAGGAACAAGAUGAAAGAGAGGCUGCACGACAUACAAUGCAAAGUCAAAGAAUAGAACAGCUGGUAACACAAUCCAAACUACAGAGGGAAUUUAAUGACAGAAUGACGGAGCAGAUGUCAAAUCUGGAGAGACAGUUGAUUGCCUGUAGCUUAGCUUUGGAGCAGAUUGCCCACAAAAUAGAUACAAUUGAUCCCCAGGCCCGUCCAGAAUUAGAGACUGCCACCUCCCUACACAUAGCUAGUCGUCAGUCUCCGUAUCCCAACACCAAGAUACAGAGAUUUCCUGUCUUUGACAAGUAUGUCAAUUGGGAAGAACCUUAUCCUACCUAUGAUCCUGUCCUGUACACCAAACCUGUGGAUGAAUACAGAGAAUCAAUACAGAGUCUGGUAGAUCCUGAUUUUAUAGAGAUCAGACAGCGUGUGGAAAGCAGCAGCCAGAGUCAGGAGGAGAGAACCAGUAUACUUUCAGCGUAUGGGUACCAGAAACCCCUGUGGAAUCUGUCAGCUACAUAUGUUAUUAAUGAGACUAACAUAGAAAUCAACAGAGUAUCUUGGAUCACAAAGGAUGGUUUACCAAUAAGAUAUGAGCUUGACUCAUCCAACAUGCCAAUAAAUCCCAUGGGUCGUACUGGUAUGAGAGGAAGAGGGAAGUUGAGGAGGUGGGGGCCGAAUCAUUGUGUGAUGUUGGUCGUGUCCAGAUGGAAGAGAUUUCUGUCUACGAGUCAGAACCAGCAGAACUUCAUCACGGUGGACGGCAAAAAAGUCCUAGAAGUCGCUGUAUUUCAAAAGAAGGAAUCAGGGGAGUUCACUCUGCCAAGUGGUAAGGAGUAUGGUGACAUGUCUCUCUACUCAGCUGUCUGUAAGAAGUUUUUGGAGAACAUUUUCCAGGAGUCUGAGACCAAGCUUGACCCCAACAUGACAGAACAGCAAAUGAUUCAGUUCUUUGAGCAGUUUGUGGAGCCCCAUCCUGGUCCCUUUACAGGGUUUACUUCAGGACAAAUUUACAAGGGCUACAUGGAUGAUCCGUGUAACACUGACAAUGCCUGGAGAGAGGCAGAGGUCUGGAACAUACAUUACCAUGUUCCGGAUAACCUUGACCUAAAGAUCAAGGACAAAGAGAAAAAGUGGAAAGAAGUGUCUUCUUAUCUUAGACUACCAGGAAACCAGAAUCUAAUCGUGCAAGAAGCAGCCCGUAUCCAAGGUGCCUAUUAUUAAAACUCACCGACUUGUUCAUCUUUAUAUUCAUCUUUCAAAUGCUAGAUGGUUGUAGAUUCUUAGUGCAAUGAUUGAAAAAAGUAAUGAAAAUUUUGUUGCUGUCUUAAGACUUUUUCCUUUUAUAUUUUUGUCCUUUAUGCAAGUUAUUUUACAUUUACAUUUAUUUUUAUAUUAAUUGCUGUAUACACACUUUUGGUGUUGGCAGACUAUUUCAUGGUGCAUUUUUACUUUAUUAAUUUUUAUCCAAAUUAUUCACUGUGCCAUUUUUAACAUAGUUUUUGUGUUUGUGUUCUUACCACUGUACUUUCAUGUGUACAUUAUUUUAUCAUCUACUUUUCAUCUUUGUAAACAUGAAGGUGCCAUUCAAUAAUUAUUGAUAUCAUUACCAUAUCUUUUAAGUUUAUGUUUUUAGAUGUAAGGUUAUUGUUUCAUUAUUUUGUUCAAGACCAGAAUUUCACUGAAACUGUGAGAGAUGAAACAGUAUUUGUUUUGAUCAGAGAUAUAUUGAUUCAGGUUGAAAUCAAUCUACAAUAUACCAGUACUUGAAGAUGCUUAAACAGGUUAUGAAAUACUGGUCAGGGUAUACCAUUAUUAUUUUAAUAUAAUGGUACAUAUAUAAGACUUUAACUCAAUAAUGAUCGUUAUAAACUAGGAUAGUUUUUUUAUCUUCAGUGUGAAGCUUUAGUAUGAACAAAAAGUUUGAAAGAGCAAAGUAUGUAGAAUGUGCAAGCCAGAAAAAUGUACAUCAGUUUUAAUUCAUCAUUCAUUGACGAACAAUGUUUUUUGUGUAAACUUGCCUUUGUAAACAUCAGUUUCAUACUGCAUGACAGGGAUGUAUGUUAAUCUAUCUCUGUGAAGCCGUUUUAUUUUUGGUAACAGUAUAUUUCAAUUAACAGUUGAUUUUUGACCAUUUGUAGGGAAUGGUAUAGACUUGCAUGUUGCUUGGAGUCGUACUAUUUUUUUAAAGAAUCUUUUAAACUCACAUGAGCCGAAUAUUCUUUUGCCAUUGGUGCUAUUGGUAGGUAUUAAGGUCAAUUGACUCACUUGGCUGACCUUUUGCUAUCGGUUUAAGCUAGUCCAUAUAUUUCCUGUGUAAAAUUCUGCAGCUGAGCAACCAUACAUAAACAUCUAUAGUGGAGAUUCAAGAUUGUUCAAACAUUUCCCCCAUAAAGAAUUAUGUUGAAAUAUGUAGGAAAAAUCUAUAAAUGUCUACAAAUUAAAUUGUUAAACUUGCAUGACAUCAUAGAAAGAUGUUAACGUAUUUGAAAAAGCUAUCAAGAGUUGUGGAUUGAAUGCAUCAUCAUAUUUUAAAGUUGUACAAAAUCUAUUUUUACACAAUGUUCAGAUUAGUUUACAUGCAGUGCUUAUUUUGUUUAGAUAGCAAGGAAUUAAAAUUCAAAGAUUUAAUUAGAAUUUAUUAGGCAAUUGUAGUAUUAGAACUUGAUUUUAAAAAAUACAAUAAUCCAUCAAAUGGAUUAAUUAGUUAACAAUUUCUGUGUGACAUUGUGUGACACUGAACCAAUACUCCUAUGUUUAUGAUGUGGUUUGUGAAAGCAAAAUGUUGUUAGAUAUACAGUACUGUAUAUGAUCAAAAGUAAACGUAAGAUUUGCAUUGAAUAAAUAUAUUGAUGUCA